UGAAAAAUGACAGUAUGUCAGAAAAGCAAUGGAAGAGUGUAAUAUAACAAAGCCGUUUUCUUAUGAAUUUGUCAAUGAUGAUAAAGUAUGCAAACUACAGACAAACGUCGCCAUUCCAACAACAGCAUGGAAUGUAAAAGAACUGUGUUUGAGAAUACUUGCUUAUCAUAAUCUACCCGCAUAUCUGGAAGAAGAUUUAGAGUACACCCUUCAAGUAUUCGUUGCUAAAGAAAAUGAAACUUACUACAAUGAUCGAGCAGAUGAGAUCAUUGAUUCAAGACUAAACCACGACAAUUCUGCAUACUACUUGGGUUGAAGCCUUCACUCGUGAAUGCUCAAGAUAUUCUGACACAAAGGAUGUUAUUACAGAAGAAUUAACAUUUUCGGAGAUGUAUCAUUUUCUCAUUCAUUCCUCAGCUUUGGAAACAUUACUUCAGUUAGAGAAUUCCUAUGCAUUAGCAGUUCAAGAUCUUUUGAAACAACGUGAUGCUGCAUUAAUGAAGUUAGAAGAGAAGCAAAGUCAUGAAAUGAAGGCGAUUCUUGAUUCUGGUUUUAAUUCAGACAACUAUCACGAUACAGUAAACCGUCUCGCUGUCCAACAUUGUGAGGAUACACAGAUGAUAUCAACUCAGUGGUCCAGUGCAUUGUCUGAUCUUCAAGAGGUACAAAAACGAGAGUAUCAAGAAUGGAUCAGUAAAGUUUAUGAAGAUUUAGUGAAAUCAUCAAGUACCGGUUUCGAGUCCGGUGGACCGUUUGAAAGUAGUCCGUCGACACUGAGCUUGCUACCAGAUGAUGCCACUGAAAAUGGGCCAAGACUCGAGGAAAGUUUUACAAUACAUUUAGGUGCUCAAAUGAAGUCAACUCAUAACUUAAGAUUGAUGUGUUGCGAUCUUCUCGAUCUUUGUCGUUACAAACCUGCUAAACCAGGGAGCAGUAUUUUGGCGCAACCUCAAAGAAUCCAAACAGCAAUGUCUCUGUAUUCUCAGUCUUUAUCUGGAUUGGUCCUUCUUGUUGACAGUCAUAUCAACUCCUAUACAGGAAUAAAGAAAGAAUUUGCUGCUCUUUGCCAACAAUCAACGGAUUUCCAUUUUCCCGAUUUGGACAAACAAUUUUGUAUGAUUCAACAAAAUUUGGAAGAAAGACAAAAGAAGAUGGACGGAGCUUGCGAUGGUACACUCCACAGGAAUUCAGAAGCUUUUAGAUCAUCGACUAUUGAAGCAGGAAAUUUCUACAUUACACGUCACUCCAAUCUAUCUCAAGUUCAUGUCGUUUUUCAUCUUGUUGUCGAUGACUCUCUCAAAUCUCCGACUCUUGCUAGCCGUAACGCAGUUGUCACUGGAUUACGUAAUGUUCUACAUACUGCAUCACGUCAGAAUAUUCAUACAAUAACACUUCCGGUGUUGCUAGCGGAAGAAAUCACUGAGGAUAUGACAAUUACAUGGUGUACACGUCGUGCUGAGCUAGUUUUAAAAUGUGUCAAAGGUUUUAUGAUGGAAUGUGCUUCAUGGAGCGGGUCAGAGUCGUUUAAUAUUCAAUUUGUUUUACCUAAGGGAAUCUCACCAGAAAUGUUUCACACUUUGCGUGAAAUGUUACCAAGUAUAUUUCGUGUAUCGAGAACUCUUGAUUUAUCAAGGAAAACGUAAUAUUUCUUAGAUGGUGUAUAAAUUUAGAUCAAACGACGAUUUAUAACAAUGACUUUUUUUCAUUUUGUUUUGAUAAUAUUUAAACGGAAAAGAGCUAAGAUAGCAUGCUGUUAUUUCAAACCACCAUAAGUGAAACAUCAUAAUAUGAAUCCUGCGAAUAGUAUGAAGGUUCAUGCUAUUAUGAAGUGUACUGUUAGAUAGCUUCCUUUACUUAUGGCCAUGUUCUAUGAAAACUUUAGUUUUUUUGAGAACUACAUGUCAAUCGAUUGUUGUGUUUGUUGCACAUCUGUGUAGUUAUGUGUUUUAAUUAAGUGUUAAUUGAUUGGUGUUUGUUGCACGUCUGGGUAGUUAGAUGUUUUAAUUAAGUGUUAAUUGAUCGAUGUUUGUUCCAAGCCCUAUCUGUGAUGGAUGACAUGAUGACAUCACUCAUUGAUGAAAGCUACACUACAGUGUUGACUCUGUCUCUAGCAUUUCAUCCAGCUGCAGCUCAAAACUAUCAACAAAAAACGCGAGUGUCGCCCAAGUAUUACCAAACAUAUGGUCAGCCAAAAUACCAUUAACAGAAUUAUCCAUAUUUUCCUAAUUUUAAGAAGCCUCUUAAACACAUCGAACACAAAAACCCUUUUAACUAAAAAAGUGGAAAUAAUUAAAGAUCUUUUUGCCAUACAUGAGAAAACGAUAAUUAUAAACUGCAUUUAACAGAA